CUGUUUUCAUCUCAAAUUCAUCACAUAGAAGUUAGGAAAGUUUGCGUCUCGUUUAUGAGGCAACACCAGCAUAAGUUUGAAUCUUAUGUGGAAGGAUCAUUUGAGAAAUACCUUGAACGACUAGGAGAUCCAAAGGAAAGUGCUGGCCAGCUGGAAAUGAGUGCUUUGUCAGAGGUGUACAAGCGAGACUUUAUUCUGUACCGGUACCCUGGAAAGCCAGCUGCUUACGCUACAGACAAUGGCUUUGCAGACAAGAUUUUACUGUGUUGUUCCGGCAAUGGCCAUUAUGACUCUGUGUAUACAAAACAAUUCCAGGAAAAUGCUGCUAUUUGCCAGGCUGUAUUAUAUGAGAUCCUGUACAAAGAUGUGUUUGGCAUGGAUGAGGAAGAACUGAGGUCUGCAGUUGAGGUGUUUCGAAGUGGAUCCAAGAAGAACAGAAGCACUGGCUCUGUAGGAAGUGAGGAUGCAAACUUUGAUUGUCUUCAUGAAAAAGUGUCCAGAAAUCCAUCAGAAAAGAGAGUGGACGACUGGGAUGGAAAUGAUACUGACAAUCCACAGGAAGAUAAGUUCAAACAAGGCAUUGAAGAAGAAAAGCCUCCAGAAAAUCCAUCCAAGAUGCCUGUUCCUUAUAAAGUGCUAAAGGCACUGGACCCAGAGAUCUAUCGGAAUGUGGAGUUUGAUGUUUGGCUGGACAGCAGAAAAAGACUUCAAAAAACUGACUACAUGGUGUUUGCUGGGAGACAGUACUAUUUAGGAGACAAGUGUCAGGUACGUCUGGAGCCUGGAGGUAAGUAUUACAAUGCUCAUAUACAGGAAGUCAGACAGGAUGGCAACACGUUGACUGUAUUCGUUGAGGAGCUGGCAGAAAAGCAUUCAGUUCCUUUAACAAACCUAAAACCAGUGACACAAGUGGCACCUGUCCUUGCUUGGAAUAUGGUUCCCAGCCGAAAAGGAGGAGCCUAUCAGAAAAUAACAAGUGGAUACUUCUCGGGAAUAGAAAUGGAUAUGAAAACAAGGAAGAGAAUGCUUAAGAAAGUUCGUGGAAAGGAAGUCUUUAUGACUGUGGCCUAUAGCAGGGGUCAGCCAGUUCUUCCACCCCGGUUACAGCACAGUGUUCCUUCGGGGCGCUCUUCAGUUCACUGUUCGCAGGGUGAUGGAAACAUGGCACCGUACGAACCCUACCAUCCUCAGAAUCCUCCUCAGAGACAUAACCGUGGAUUUGGAAUGCCAAGGGGAUCUGCCCGAUUUAUAAACAGGCACAACAUGGUUGGCCCUCAAAUAGCAUUCUACCCCAGUCCAGGAAAGCGAUGCUAUCAGAGCUAUGACACUUUCUCCUGCAGGUCCUGCUCCUACAGCCGUAGCCGCCGUCAGAUGCAGGGUGUGAAUAAGGAAUGUCAGUAUGGGUUUGUACCGGGGAAUGGAGAGGAGCCCCAAGGACCAGAAGGCGGCAUAACUUUCUAUGAGAUUGAAGGGGAGAAUGACACUGCUUUUCCUACUUUGCCAAGCCAGGGUAGCACUGCUCCCAUUGUCCAUGGUCCAGCAGGAUUUUGGGUAGCAAGGAGAGGCACAAACUCUGUUCCACCUAACAAGCAGACCCUGAAUUCUUCAGAGGAGGAGGAAGAAAGAAGUGAAAAUGGUGAGUUCUUAAAGGAUUAUUCAGCAGAACCUACGGCAAACUUGGUGAUGGUGAACUCUGCAGCAGUCUCAACCUCAGCAGGUGUUUAUGCUGCUCCAGCUGCAGCCUUCACCUCCUAUUCUGCUGUCUCUACUCCAACCAGUGCCACCACAGCAGUUCCCCCUCAAACAGCUGUCCCGCCAGUCAUAGUCUCUCCCCUGUCUGUAGGGCGGCCAGGGCCAG